UAGAAAAAUCUUUAACGGCCAGACGUGUCUACCAUAUAUCAUUAAUUAAAACAAAAUAUUUUCAGACUUAAAAAAAAUGAAUUUAAUAUGUCAACUAUUAUUAUACUGUUCAUUUAUUGUGAUUGAAAUUAAUGCUGAAAAUUAUUCAUAUUUAGAUCAGAUUGCUCAGAAAAUGUCUACAACAAAUGCACUACUUAAGUGUAUUGUUGACGCCGGAAAAGACGCAGAAGUAUUUAAACAUAUUCUUGAUAAUAAUACGUAUGAUAUAUUAGCACAUUAUUUUUUAAGAGAAGAUUUUGUAACUCUAAAGAGGGAUGAUACAAAUGUUCAAGUAAUAAAAGAAUCAUAUGAGAAAUUAGAUGCAUACGAUAUGAAAGAAGAAAAAAUUUAUAAAGAUUAUGGUGAUUUGUGCAAUUCAGAUAUAUCUCCUAAUUUGUAUGCAUCAUAUGACGAAGAAGUUUUUAAUCGAAAGUUUAUCAUGAAUCAAAUAUUUAAAAAUUACUUAAAAAACAAAGUUGCAAUGAGUUCUAAUCGUAUGUGUCAAAACAAUGAGAAUAAGUUUUGUGAAAUAAUUGCGUUGGUAGAAUCUACUGAUGAUUCAAUGCUGAUUUUUAAUUUCCUACCCCGUUGUAUUAAUGGUGAAUGUGUUAUCUCUAGAUACAAUUUUGAUGAUAUUGAUCCUAAAGAUAAAAGUCUUUUUGGAAAUGUUCCAACAGUUUUUAGACAGUUAGAAGACAAAACAUUCCAAGCCUACAAUAAUACACAAAGAAAAUUUGAAAAAUAUAAUUUUUAUUAGAAAAAAAAAAUACUAAAAAUUUAAUUUUUAAAAAUUAUAAAUACCAUUUUGUUUUAUGUCAAAAUAUCGAAAAAAUAUAUAAUAAUGCAAAAAUAAUUAAAUCAUUAUAAUAUUUAAUUUUAAAUAAAUAUUUCUUAUCAAAUAAAUUUAUUGUUUAGUUUAA